GGAGCAGGAAGUACUAUUGCUGCUGUUUAAGCUUGUCAAUUUCACACAUUUAUUAGACUGUCGCUUGUCACAGAGCCUCCCUAUCUAAACUCAUUUUCAAACAAACCAAGCAAAUAACCAGCUAACCACUCACAUUCUAUCUGUAGGGGACCCUUUAACAGUCUGCUACAUGUCUUGUUACAUCUUAAGGAUACUUGAAGAUACUUUCUCUCUUUGAAAAACCAUCUAAGCUCCAAUGCAAUCCAGACAGAUGAAGCACUAUUUCUUAAAGGAUUAAUUAUUGUCUUGUGAAUUUACAAAUCUUUUUUUCUUUACAUAUUUUUCUUUUUGAUCCACUGGAUUUACCUCUUUGCCUCAGAAUUUCUUUGUGGCUAUAAAAGCCAUUCUAAAUAUGAGCUUCAUUGAUAAUGGCCCAGAUCCAUCCCUACCAGGGGACUGUAAGCAACAGGAUAGUCAAGAAGAUGAGUUGGACUUCUCCAUGCUGUUUGACUAUGACUAUCUCCCCUCUGAAGAAGAACCGACUCCUUCACAUAAAAUCAUCAGCCCACCCUCUGGAGUUGCUUACUCACAUGGCGAUGUCUCCGAAUAUGGCCUCAAGGCAUGCAAUCCUUUACCUUUUCCUGUGAGCAGAUAUGAACAGCCAGAUAGUGUAGGGUCAAAAUAUUACUUGGACCAUCUAAAGGCUGCUGGGGCUUCAGCUUUGAGUCCAAGGAUUGAGAUCACCACAUAUAAUGAACUGAUUCACUCAGGGGGGUCAUAUCGCAGCAGAGAUUCAGAUAUUUUGGUAGAACACCAACCAAAUUCAGCUGCUACUAGUCCAAGGUUUACUUUGCCAGUACCUGGUUAUGAGGGCUACAGAGAACCGCUUUGCUUGAGUCCAGCUAGCAGUGGUUCAUCAGCAAGUUUUAUUUCAGAGACCAGUUUCUCUCCUUACACAUCACCAUGUGUUUCACCAAAUAAUGGCCCUAGCGAUGAACUAUGUCCACAGUUUCAAAACAUCAAUACUCAUUAUUCCCCCAGAGCUUCUCCAAUAAUGUCACCGCGAGCAAGUAUCACAGAGGACACCUGCCUAAGACCACAUUCUCCAUCCCCUCGACCCAACUCAAGAUCAUCAUCCCCAGGCUCAAAAAGAAGGUAUUCUUGUGCUGAGCUCUACACUAACCAACAAACUACGGUUUCUCCAAGGCAGUCCAGGACCCCCUCCCCCCAGGCCUCACCUCAUAUUCACAUAAGGGAAGAUAAUUCUUCUGAGAAUUACAGCCACCCUUCUGCAUCAUCUCAUUCAAUGGAUGCUAUGAAUAACCUUACUACGGAUCCUUCCUGUGGCAUACCAUCGAAAAUGUGGAAAACAAGUCCAGAUCCUUCACCAGUGUCUUCCCACAAGAACAUGCAAUGCCAUAUAUAUCAGACACCGGAUUACCUUGGGCAGUAUGAGCAGGAGGAGAGGAAGAGUCAAGAGUCCAUUCUUCUAAUGCCACCUACAUGGCCCAAACAACUUGUUCCUGCAAUGCCCUACUACAGUAUUCCAGUGGCUUCUCUUCCUCCUCUGGAGUGGCCACUGGCAAGUCAAGCAGGUUCUUAUGAGCUACAGAUUGAGGUACAACCAAAACCUCAUCACCGCGCACACUAUGAGACUGAAGGCAGCCGUGGGGCAGUGAAAGCACCUACUGGGGGUCACCCAGUCAUCCAGCUUCAUGGCUACAUGGAGAACAAACCUCUGGGACUCCAGAUCUUUAUUGGGACAGCAGAUGAACGUAUACUUAAACCACAUGCUUUCUACCAAGUCCAUCGCAUUACAGGAAAAACAGUCACCACCACCAGUUAUGAAAAGAUUGUCGGGAACACCAAGGUGCUUGAGAUUCCAUUGGAACCCAAGAGCAACAUGAGAGCAACCAUUGACUGUGCUGGAAUCCUGAAACUUAAAAAUGCUGAUAUUGAACUGAGAAAAGGGGAGACAGACAUUGGACGCAAGAAUACCAGGGUACGUUUAGUCUUCAGAAUCCACAUACCAGAAGCCAGCGGUAGGAUCGUAUCUCUGCAAGUUGCAUCCAAUCCUAUAGAAUGCUCUCAAAGAUCAGCUCAUGAGCUACCACUGGUGGAGAGACAGGACAUGGACAGUUGUUUGGUGUAUGGAGGGCAACAGAUGAUCUUAAGUGGCCAGAACUUCACAUCAGAGUCCAAAGUUGUAUUUACAGAGAAGACAUCAGAUGGGCAACAAAUUUGGGAAAUGGAUGCAACGGUGGAUAAAGAUAAGAGCCAACCCAGCAUGCUGUUUGUAGAGGUUCCAGAGUACAGAAGCAAGCACAUCACUACACCUGUCAAGGUCAAUUUCUAUGUCAUUAAUGGGAAAAGAAAGAGAAGCCAGGCCCAGCAUUUCACAUAUCACCCAAUACCAUCUAUUAAAACAGAACCCCUUGAUGAAUACAACCCAUCCAUGGUUGGGAAUACUCCUCACAGUGGUCUUGGAACUAUGUCACAGUCCUACUAUGCACCACAUUCAAUAGCCAAUGAUUCUACAUCAUGUUUGGUGGCCAACUUGGUUUCUUGUCAACAAGUGCGUGCAAGUCUACCUUCCCCAGAUUCCCGAUACCAGCAGCAAAAUUCUUCAGCUGUGACUUACGAAAGAAGCAAAAGCCUGAGUCCCAGCCAACUAGGCCACCAUCAAUCCCAUUUGAUGGCCUCACAAAUUGCAAUUUCAGAUGCUCACAGAUCGGUUCUUGUGCACACUGGCUCUCCUGUCCAAUCUUCUGUGCUCCAUACGUCAGCCAAUCCAAUGACAUCUCCAGUAAUUCAUUACUCCCCAAACAACCAGCAGAUGAGGUGUGGGAGUCAUCAGGACUUCCAGCAUAUAAUGUGCUCUGACCAUUUCACAUCCAGUCCUACACGAUCCAGUCAAACACAGGUCAACCAAGCUCAGAGAAUAAGUCCAAGUCCAUAUCCAACAGUUAUUCAGCAGCAACAGCAGCAACAACAGCAGCAGCAGCAGCAGCAGCAGCAAUCAAACAGCCCACGUGCUACAAAAAAUGGACCCCCUGUUACAGAACAAAAGGAAAUUGUACCAGCUGGUGUCAAUGUUAAACAAGAGCAGAAUCUGGAUCAGGCAUAUCUGGAUGAUGAGCUGAUAGAUACAAACCUUAGCUGGAUACAAAACAUAAUAUGAGACAGAGUGACAGUGAUCUAUGAUUCAAGAAAUCAAAGUAAAAGUUAAUGAAAUUAUCAGGAAGGAGUUUUCUGGCCUGCCUACCAGGAAUCAAACAUAGAAGACCAAAUCUACUAGACACCUUUAACUAAAUGCUUCCGCAACUGACCCCUUGGAGCCUCCAACUCUACGCACCACCUUCUGUUUCCUUUAUGUUCACCACAAGCAACACAUUUGUAAGAAGAAACAAUAUGCUGGCAUAAAGCUCACUUUGGCGAUUCCACCACUUAUCACACGGCUUCUGUAAACAUCAAAGAAACACUCUUCCUUUCUCUCAAAUGACUUAUUGUUCUGCCAUAACACAUGUAUAAUGAAAAGGAUAUUAGGAUAAAAAAACUCUGUAAGCAUUGUACACUCUGGAGUGGGACAUAAAGAGGGAAGUCUAUAGAAAUGUCAUAUAUCAAAUGAUGCUCUUUGAACAUGAGUGAUGCUUUCAUGCAGAGAACAAUUAAGCACUUAAAAUCAGAACCAUUAGGAAGUAUAAGUCACUGGGAGGAUACAUAUUUUGAGUUGCUUUGACUGCAAAUCUCUACAAUACAAAAAUAGUUCAUAACUUUUGGAAAGAAGAGCCCAGUAUUGGACAGUUGAGAUUUCCUAACAGAGUAAAAAAAAAAUUGAAGUUAGGUUCCUGAAUUUGCAUAAGCCAAUCAGAUAGCAUCCUUUAUAAUAUUUGCAUUUGUAUUGUCAAAACUAUAAAGUGCUGAGAGCAUAAGCAGCAAUAUAGAACUAAACAUACAUACAUUAACAAAGGCUUUAUAUGUAAAACCCAAGGAAAUCAAUUAACAGAAAUUUCCCACUAACGCUUUUUUUCUUUGUUUCACCAGAAGAUAAGUUUAAAAAAAGACAUAAAAAAUACAAGCAUUAAUGUGACCUAAUGUCUAUGUCUUGAGUUAACAAUGGUUUUUGAGCUAAUAAGAAACUGCUUGAGUAAAAGCUUCAACAAAGAGCUAAGAGUGGAGGAAAGUCUUUGGUAGAAAGAAGCAAAACAGUUGUAUUAUAAUAUGUUUUUUGUUUUCAUUAUUGUUGCUUACAAUUUAAAAAACAAUUUUUUGUGCCACUUUACCAGUAGUUUAUUUUAAACACCAGAUGCAUGAUUCCACAAGUAUAGUAGUGCAGCCAACAUUGAACUUUUAAACCAAGACAAAAUGCCCAAAUCUUAUCUUUUCUUCUGUAAUGUAAUAUUGCUGAUCACUCAACAGGUAAAUUGAAAGGAGAACCAUGUCAUGCUUUGCAUCUCUAAAAAUACAUUUUAUAUCAUCUCUACUUGUACAUUCCUAUAACUACCUGCUACAGAAAUCAUCUGGCGCGGUCUGUCCUAGUGUGUCAAUCCUUAUAAAAGCUAUAUAUGAGGCUUUUGAUGCAUCAGUAAAAGAGAGAAUCAUUAAAGUAGUAUAUUUUAGUUUCUUAAAUAUAUAAACUGAAUAGUAUAUACAUACAUUUCUAUUGCAUUUGUAUAGAUAACGUCUACAGUUUAAGGGAGAGAUUGAAAACUAUUUUGAACUGGAAUGAAGCGUUUAAUGUAGACAAACUAUGUCCAUUUAUCGUCCUUUGUUUAAUGCCAUUUUGUUUCCAACCAACUUUUUUAUUUUUAGUACAGAUUUGUCUACAUAACGGUCCAGAUGUUUUGCAAUCUCUGCAUUAAACUGUAUCUAAGGUUCUCGAAGAAAUUCUUUGAUAGCAACUGUAAAUAUUCAAUGCAAAAUAUGUUAUUUAUUGUGUCUAAUCAAAUGUUUAGAAUGAAUAUAAAUGUAACUAAUGUGCUUAUAUACAGUAUAUCUAUAUCGUUAUAUAUAUAGCUUUUUGUAUAUUUCUGUGAUAUAUAAUGCUAUAAGGAAUUGGAAAAAAAUUAUUUUCAGCUAAAGAGUUUAUUGUGGUUGCAUCUCUAUUUCGAGGUGCUAAAAACUCUAUUUAAUUCUGUCACUUCUAGAAGGAUCUACAAUGCAAUAUUUUAAAUCUAACCAUGAAAUGGUUAAUUGAUGGUUUGUAACAGUCCUGUAUUUUAACUACUUUAGGACCUGGAUGUCAGUGUAGAUAAUCUGCAAUAAUGGAAAUAUUUCUUAAAGAGACAUGAAACCCAAAAUUGUUCUUUCAUGUUUUAAUUUUAAAUAGCUUUCCAACUUAUUUCUAGUAUAAAAUUUGCUUAAUUCUAUUGUCAUCCUUUGUUGAAGAAGCAGCAAUGCACGUCUGAAAGCUAGCUGAACACAACAGGUGAAGCAAUGACAAGCGGCGUGUAUGUGUAUCCACCAAUCAGCUGCUAGCUCCCAUUUGUACAUUACUGCUCCUGAGCCUACCUAAGUAUGUUUUUCCACCAAGGAUACCAAGAGAAGGCAGCAAAAUUUAUAAUAGACGAAAAUUUGAAAGUUGUUUAAAAUGACUUAAUCUAUCUGAAUCAUGACAGUUUAUUUCUAACUUUAGUAACAUGUUAAUAUGUAGUAAAUGGCAAGUUUUACAUUCUGAAGGCAAAUGUAUUAAUGUAUACUCCAAUGAGCAAUGUUUCUAAUGUAAUCUAAUUAAUUCUGUUAACUUUGACACUUGAUACUGGAAUCUUACUGUGUAAAUUUCUACAAGGGAUCUUGCUAAAUUCACUGGCUUCACAAAUCUUAGGUAUUCUAUGUAGCUGAUUCACUAAAGCUUACUUGUCUUUAUCAUCUGCAUAGAAAAAAGUGAAGCUGGAGUGGCUGGAGAGGUCAGUAAAACUGAGGAGGGUUUUGAUAGCUUUUAGUGAAUUGACAUCGAUAUUACUGGAUUUUGAAUAUAUAUGAACCGAUUCAGUAAUGGUUUUCUCUGCCCACUGACUAAAUUGUUUUGAGCUUUGAUCAGAAUAACAAAUAUGACAGGACCUUUGUAUCACUGAAUUUGACCUUCGCUAUCCAUAGGCAACGAAAGCACUCUCUAGUGAUUUGUAGAAGGAAGAGGUAUGUUAACAUUAAGAAAGGCUAGAUGUGAGUACUAACACAACAGAUACAUGCUAUACCAUAGCUAAUAGCAAGCAUAUUUAAUAAACAUGUCAUUGUAUCACUGGAGUAUUUCCAGUAAUACAUAGUUUACCAGUUAUAAACAUUUAGUACAUACCAUUAUUACACAGACUUAAACCAUUCCUUAAAUGCUUAGCUUAAAAAAAAAAAGAUUGUUUUGUUUAUAUUUGCAAUAUUUCUGAUUUAUAUACAGUGUCAGUAUAGUCAAUUACAUUUACUAUGAAUAUGUAUUAGUAAUAUGACCACGUACAGUAUGUGGUAUAACCAUUUAAACAAUAACAUUAGAGAUUAUAGACAAAUGCCCAACUCUUACAACACUGAUGAUAAGAUGGAUUACUAUGGUUCAAUUUUCUAUAUUUUAAAAUCUAAAUUACACUUAGCAUUUUAUUAUUAUAGACUAAAACAGUUCUGCCAACUAUUCUGACCUUUUUAAAAGGGACCAUAGUAAAAACAAAACAAACAAUCAAUUAAUUGCAGAAAACUUAUAUUUUAUUGGUUUGUCAUCAACGUAAUAUUUUAAUUGUUUUUACAAAACAAUGUUUACAUUUUUGCUAUUGUACCUCUAAGCAGGUUCAAUCACACAUCAUUUUAAAUACUUUUAUAAUUUUAUAAUCGCUGCCCAUUCUAUCUAUAAAUAAAAAAUCCACAAUUCUUCCAGUGUAUUCUACUGUCAGGUUUACCCUUAAAUAUUUUAUUCUUUCAGUAUGUUAAUUCAAACAAAUACCUUAUGCUGUCCACUUUGAAAAGCACAAAAUAAAUACUUCUUUCGGGCAUUUGCCUAUUACAUUGCAAAGUCAGGGAUGGAUAGUAUGUUGACUUAGUGAGAAAUAAUUCUCACUUUGCUUGGACCAUAGCCAUAUUUUCACAUGAGGAAGUUCUAUCUGUCCUCAUUAAUUUGAAUGUAUUCACCAUAGUGCCUUCCUGCCAUUAUACCAAAGAAUCCAAAAUCAUAUUAUCUGGAGGCUCAGCAGGUUCUAAUGCAUUUUCCAUAAACAUAAUUCCAUACCCCAUAAUAUGGCCCUGAACAGUCAAUAUUGUUGCCUUAUUGGUGUGUGUGUACAUGGGUGCAUAAAAUGAUUUUUGGAAUAUAUUCUGUUAGCAAAAAUGCUUCUAGUAAGUGUUUUUGCUGUUUCAGCAGCAUACACACAUAUGCUGCGCUUGUCUUAUUCACCAGCUUUCAAGUAUCAACGCAUGGUAGAGUCAGUGAGGAAUUGGCUUACACAAAUUAAAGGGACCCAAAUUUUUUCUUUUGUGAUUCAGAUAGAAUGCAAUUUUGAGCAACUUUCUAUUUUACUCCUAGUAUCAAUUUUUCUUCGUUCUCUUGAUAUCUUUAUUUGCAUCUAAGUUAUUUUUCCGGUUCAGCACUUGUUUAUUGGUCAGUUAAAUCAAUCCAUCCAUCAGCAAGAACAACCCAGGUUGUUCACCAAAAAUGGGCCGGCAUCUAAACUUACAUUCUUGCUUUUCAAAUAAAGAUACCAAGAGAAUGAAGAAAAUUUGAUAAUAGAAGUAAAUUAGAAAGUUGCUUAAAAUUGCAUGCUCUAUCUGAAUCACAAAAGAAAAAAAUAGGGUUCAGUGUCCCUUUAAUUAAACAUUGACAUGAUACACACAUCAAAUUUCUCUCCAAAUGAGCACAGUGAAUAAGGGUGCACGGGGCACACGCAACAUAUCUGUGUAUGCUAUUGAAAUAUUAAAGCUAGAACCAUUUUGGCUAACACCGGUGUAUUGUAAAGAUGAUUCUAUUCAAAACUGAAAUGCACUCAUGUUCACUAUUAGAACUUGAAAAUCAGUAAAUCAAAUCAAGCUAUUUUUCAAUGUUUUUGAAUCGGGCAGAUUGUUCAGCAAUAAAAUUGCUAUGUGAUAGGCAAUUUUACUUUUAUUAUCUUAAAGGUUUCUUCUAAUUUUAUAUGGAUUCUAAAAUGAAUCUAGGAACUGCUCAUGUUUUCCAUAAUAUAACAUUAGAUGUACGUAGUUUAUCUAUUCUGCAGUAAAAAUACCUUGUUUUGCUUACUGAAACACCAGUCAUGACUAAGUUCUGGAGUACUAGCCUUUUUGUAUAGAAUGAAAAAAGAUAAGAAAAGCAGAUCCGUUCUUCCUGAAGUUCAGCCUGUUUGAAUAGACAUGUUCUUGCUAACAAUGAGUGGUAAUUUCAAUGAGCAAAGCCCAGCUAUACUAAAUACAAAAAUAAAUCUAAAGGAACAAUUUCUUAUGCAUUGAAUAUCCUGCAUCAGAUGUAUCAAAUCAUUGGGAAGUGGAACCAUUCCCAUUAAUGGGAAACAAAUCUUACAGCACAGUGUCCCUUUAAUAUUUAAUUUGACUAUUUUUUCACCAGCUGGUCUUAAUCAAUUCAGCGCUGCGGAAUCUGUUGGCGCUCUACAAAUACCUGAUAAUAAUAAUAAUAAUCAAGAGAAAGGCUCCUACUUUCCAAUCAUAUUUUUGGUCUGAGGGCAUAUAGGUUUGUAAACAGUCCAUAAGGCCAGGUUAUUGGGGACAUUGAUGAGCUCCUUUGGAAGGAGGAGAAAUACUAAAAAAAAGUUAAUAUAAUUUUAAAAAAUAGUUUUGGAAAAACUACACUUAGAUCUAGUUAUUUUCACUAUAUGCUUAUUUACAUGUAUAAACAUUUAGCUAUUCCUACAGUAAUAUAAUUGGAUAAAAUGUAGACAAAAUAAGCCUUCUAGUUCUUGCUAGUCACCAAAAUCUAUCUAGAUAUGAGUAAAGAUUACGGGUUUCAGUUCAUACACCUUUCUACUUUAGCCAAGGAACUAAAGACUUGUUGAUUGGUGCUUUAUUACAAUAUAAUAGCAUUCAAGUUUAUAUUGCACAAUAUUUUAUAUUGUUAUAUUGAACAUUUUCAAGAACACACAGGACAGUCUGUUGUUGUUUUUUUGCCUUUUGUCAUUGUUGCAAAAUAUGUUGGAUCUUUAUAAAUAUUUGAAGACAAGUAUACUGAAAUAUGUUUAAUAUAUUCCAAAGAAAUGGGUUUCUUGCAAUAAGAGGCUUACAAGUGUCUUAAGGUAAUAUCAUGUUUCACCUUCAAACCUUACACAGUGACCAAAGACUGCCAUAGGAAGCACUUAAAGAGACAGUAUACCAAAAAUUGUUCUUUCAUGAUUCAGAUAGUGCAUACAAAAACUUUUCUAUUUAUUUAUCAGAUUUUCUUCAUUCUCUUGGUAUCCUUUGUUGAAGAAGUAGCAGCACACUACUGGGAGCUAGCUGAACACAUCAGGUCCUCAAUCAGCAACUAGUUCCUAGUAGUCAUUGCUGCUCCUGUGCCUACGUAGGUAUCCUUUUCAACAAAGGAUACUAAAAGAAUAAAUCAAAUUAGAUAAUACAAUUACAUUGGAAAAUUGUUUAAAAUCGUAUGCUUUAUCAGUUUCAUGAAAUAACAAUGUUGGGUUUCAUAUCCCUUUUAAAAAAAUGUAAUGAUGUUUUUUUCUAAAUGUUUUGCACUUCUUUGUGUUAUGGUAAUUAAUGUUCUAAGUAGAAAUGGGGCAAUUUGCUAUGUUCUGUAGACGUGCAAUAAUUCAUUAUUAUAGUACUGACUUGCAUACCGCUUUGAAAGUUCUCAGAUUUUAAGAUUUUAAGCAUGUUUUUUUUUUUUUACAUAAAUACAUUUUAUAUUCUGUAACUCUAAAA